AUGAGACAAACAAGAACUUUGCACCGCACAAGUGCACAGAGAAAAAACUGCAAAGACAUAAUGAAGAGAAAACAACUAAAUUGUAUUGUUUUCUGAACUAUGAAUUACUGUACUGUUUGGAUAAAGAGAACUGUGGAUUGCUCUUGCCUGAAAUGAACACCAGCACGUGUGACAGAAAACCGGUCACAUUAUGGAUCCAGCAGAAAAACUUGAGUGACUCACCCAAGGGUCUUCUUCAGUGGAGGAUUACUCUGGAUUACUGAGGAUUACUGGAGCUUGACCUUUCAAGUGAUCUGGGAUGAGGGAAUCCUCAGGACCAUGUUCUGGUUGGGACUGAAUGAACCUGUGAGGCAUAUGGUCCCUUUGGACUCUGACGGUCUGCCCUUGGUGACUUCAUUACUAACAUCAUUAUGGCUGAUCUUCUGCUAUCUACUCCAGUGGCCAACCCCGUGGAUUCCACGGCUCCUUCCUCCAGGCCUUCCACGGCUCCUUCCUCCAGGCCUUCCACGGCUCCUUCCUCUAGGCCUUCCACGGCCUUGCCCUCCAGGCCUCCUACAGCCAACAAACCAAUGCCCACGCCUGCCAUGGCCAACUUGACUGCGUUGCAAGCCUCGUCCGUCCCCGAGCCAGAGAUGCAAGCCUUGUCUGUCCCGAGCCAGCUUUCAUGCCUGCUCCAGCCCUAGACGAAUUUUGCAGGCCAUUAUGGCUCCAGUGGUCUCCGAGCUCCCUUCAGUGGAGACAACUUCUUCCCAGCCUAGGUGAUCCUGGAGACUUCCUUCAUCGAGACUCAAAUGGCUCCACCCUUCGAGCCUCUCACAGCUCCACCUUCAGAGUCUCCCAUAGUUGUGCUUAAGGUCAUCUGGAAGCGGAAGAGAAGAAGGGCUCCUACUCCCCAGUCACUUCCAGUGUUAAUGGCCACAGAGGCCGUUCCCCUAUCACUGCCUGUAUCCACAACCACAGAGGUAAUUUCCAUAUCACUGCCCAUGCUCACGACCACUGAGUUUGUUACCCUAUCACUGUCCAUACUCACAACCAUGGAGGUCUUUUCCCUAUCACUACCUAUGUCCAUGACCACAGAGGUUGUUCCCGGAUCACUGCCCAUGCUCACGACCACGGAUGUCAUUACCCUGUCACUGCCAGUACUCUCAGCCACGGAGGCCAUUUCCCAGAGACUGCUCCAGCGGCUCCGCCUCCUCCUCCAGAGACUCCUCCUACAGCUGUCCCGUUCACAACCCCAGAGACUCCUCCAACAGUGGUCCCAUCUGCUCCUCCUGUGAUUCCUCUUCUAGUGUUAUGUUAGCUCCUCCUGUGAUUCCUCUUCCAUCGUCUCCGCAUGCUCCUUUUGAGACUUAUCCUCCAGUGGCUCUGCCCGCUUCUCCUGAGACUCCUCCAGGGACUAAUUGCUUGCUCCUCCUGUGGCUCUGCCUGUUUCAGCUUCGGCUCUGCCUCCUGAGACUCAACUCCCUGAACCAACUGUGGCUCCACCCUCUGACCCCGUCCUGGCUAUGUGGACACAUCCCAGGCCUCCUGACUCAGUCCAGGGGCCAAGCACACGAACAACAUGCAAGGAAGUAUCACUGGACAUCAAUGAUUAUGACUUUAAGAAAACCACCAUAAAAAUAUAGGAAUAAUUGCUAAUAUUACCACAAUUAAUUAUAACUUUUGACCAAAAACACUCCAAUCCAUGCACGAAGCAGGCUUGUAGUUCCCGCAUUGCUUCAUUGGUCGAAGUCUUUACAGUCCUUGCUACUGGUUUGGUUGAUUUUAAUUUCUGCCUGUAGGUUGAAAGAAGAUGAACCAGACAGUGAUCAGAGAGUCCCAAAGCUGCCUCAAAAAUCACUUGUCUGGGAUAUGCUGUCGAAUGUUCAGCAGUUCAUCCCUGGUAAAACUGACAGGAAAAAUAUUUCUAAACACAGGACAAACAAACUAAAAUAACAAAAGAACUGAAGAGCUACACACCGAGGUGUCUAUCUGUGGCGCCACCUUGCAAUGGCUGACAUAAGAAAAUUGGGCAGCAUUUGAAUUUGUUAGGAGUCUUAAAAGACCAGUCUCAUGAUUUUAGGCCAAAGAAUUCAAAAGUUUUAAGCAAAAAAUUCUGACCACUAGAUGGCGCUGUGUCGAAACUGUGCUGACCCACACUGUUUGAAACACAAUGACUCCUAGCAGUUAAAAAAAAGUUUUAAUUUUAAGAGAAUCAAAGUUUUUGCCUUAAACAUGCAGGCACUGUUUAUACCUUUCUUACCUCAAAAGAGAAAUCAAUAGAAAAAGGAAAAGAGUAAGGUGUAAUACCCAUGUAUUACACAGUCAGUCACGGCAACAUACCAUAAUCAUGUGAUUUUAACAAUGUCAGUCCAGUAUCUGAUUGAGAGUUUUGAUUAAAGAUGGAUCUCAGACAUCUUUUAUAGGUUUUAUAGUUGUUUUACCUGUUUUUAUAUUUUGCCAUUUAAAACAGUUAUAGAAGCUGGUAUGACAUUAAAAACAAACUAAACUUUUAUCAAAGAGACCUUUUAUCUGUCUAUUAACCAUCAGAGGGAAUGAUCCUCUUUCUUUAGACAAAUACAAAACAUUUUACCCUUUAUUCUUAUGUGAUUUGGGACAGGCCCGUAUAUAAAAUAUGUCAGAUCACUGACCUUUAGAGCAAAAACCUGCUAUUUUCAAACUUGUAUUGUGUCACAACAAGAUCCAAACACAAGUAUCUGACAAGGGGCAGACUGGCCAUAGGGAGCGCUGGGCAUUUUUCCGGUGGGCUGCUGAGUAAUUUGGGCCAGCCCAUUGCUGUGCAAAUACUGGCCCAUCCGAAGAUAUAUGCGGAGCGCCCUGGGCUCCAAUAUGUCAGUGCAUGUUUGACCCCAUUACAGAGUGAAUAUUAAAAAUAAACAUUGUAUGGUAAAGCCAAUACAACAGCCUUUGUUUUGGAAAAGUAAUACAUUUACUUUUAUUUUGAAAUUACUGGCAUGUCACAAUGAAUUUCUGUGUGUGCUCUCUGUACCUCGCGUGGACCAAAUUAUUUGACAAAUAAAUCACAAUAAUGGUGACAACAAAUGACAACAAAUUAUGUAUAAGAUGAGCUCUGAAUAAUCACAAAAUGUCUGUAACUGCAAAAUGCAGCUUUUAAUCAAAAAAUAGGGUAAACAAAGUAACUCAAAUUAUAAAGAAACAAACACAAGGAACAAGGCACAGAGCAUAACGGAACAUAUGCAAAGACUGUCAAAGAAACCAGGGGAAACAAGGGAAUGAGGAACACCUAGGGAAAUAAUCAGGGUAAGCCAAUCAUAAAAUUAAACUACAAAGGACUACAAAACUAACACAGGAAACAGGAACUAAGCAUCAAGAAUUUAAACAGGGUAUAUGUGACAGGGUCAGGAGGCCCGGGAGGCGGUUACAGGGCAGGGACAGGUUCAGGAGGCCCGGGAGGCAGCCACAGGACAGGGACUGGGUUAGGAGGCCCGGCAGGCAGCCACAGGGCAGGGACUUGUUCAGGAGGCCCGGGAGGCAGACACAGGACAGGGACUGGGUCAGAAGCCCCGGGAGGCAGACACAGGACAGGGACUGGGUCAGAAGGCCCGGGAGGCAGACACAGGACAGGGACUGGGUCAGGCAGUGGAGCCGCUGGAAGAGGGGUGGCCAGAGCUGCUGUAAGAGGAGGCUCUAGGAGAGUGGACGGAUCUGCUGGAAGAGUCGUCUCUGGGAGAGCGGAUGGAGUCGUGGAAGACUCUGAUGGCAAAGUCCUAGAAGACUCUGAGGGUGGGGUCACCGUAGUCAGGAGCACUGGCAGUGACUAGGAAAUGACCUCUGUGGUCGUGAGCACAGGCAGUGACAGGGGAGUAGGUGUCCUUCUUCUCUUCCACUUGCAAACGGUCAUGAGCACAGCAGUGGGCAGCUCGGAAGGCAGAGCCGUGGGAGGCUCGAUGAAGGAUGGCAGAGCCAUGGGAGGCUUGAGGGUCGGACUUAUGGUGCCCCCCUCCAAAAAACUGAUUUUAAGUGUCAAUCAGUAUAGUUCAAUGGGCACGCAACACCCCAAAAGUGAGCACAGUAAUCCAUAAGAGGAAGGUCGGCUCGAGACAGUUAAAAAAAUCAGCUGCUAGAUCCAUAUAGGCACAGAGCAUAACAGAACACAUGCAAAGACUGGCAAAGAAACCAGGGGAAAUAAGGGCUUAAAAACACAAGGGAAAACAAGGGAAUGAGGAACACCUGGGGAAACAAUCAGGAAAAAAGGAGCUCCCAGACCCUUCUGGGAUGCAGAAACUGGGUCAUCUACAGUAUCCACCCACAUAUCACAGCAGGAAACAUCCUUGAACCCAAAUUCAUAGAACGAUCGAACCAAACAAUGGAUCCAGCGGUUCUCCGGGCAAACUGCCGCCUCCUGGACCUGAAGCAAGGAAGCCGCCCGGUGGAGGAUCACAUUAGGAACUUCCUGGACCUAGCGAGCGCCACCGACUUUCCUGACUCCUCUCUGGUGGUGUUCUUCCAGGCUAGCCUGACCGGUUCGCUCCAGGAGCGGUUGCCGCCGGAGACGUGUGGCUGGACGCUCUGCGAGUUCAUGGAGGAGACACUCCUGGCAUGCGGCUCGCUGUUUACUGUGGGUGUGGUUGAGGAUCCUGCCUCUUCUCCCACGGCGGUGACCCUCCAGUCGUCCUUGGCUCGUCCUCGUCCACCUGCCCCACCGGUCAGCGAGCUCGCCCCCACGCCUGUCGUCGUCCAUGAGCCAGCACGGUCGACUUCGUCCGCCCGGAGGAGAAAAGAAGACGGGCUUCCGCCUCCCGGCCCACGCCUGCCCCGGUCUGCGAGCCAAAGCCCACGCCUGCCCCGGUGUGCGAGCCAGUGCCCACGCCUGUCACUGUGAGCGAGCCCACGCCUGUCACGGUGAGCGAGCCUGAGCCCACGCCAGCCACGGUCAGCGAGCCUGAGCCCACUCCAGCCACGGUCAGCAAGCCUGUGCCCACUCCAGCCACGGCCAGCGAGCCUGAGGCCACGCCAACCACAAACAGCGUUCCAGGGUUGUCAGCCUCAUCCGCCCGGAGGAAGAGGAGAAGGGGAAGGGUUUCUGCUCUCCAGCCUCCGUCUACUGCAGCUCCGUCCCCAGAACCCCCUGUGGCUUGGCCCCCAGCGUCCAGCUAACCCAAGCUCAGCGCAUACCACGGUCAACCAGCAAAUGCCGAUAGCCCCAAACGUCAAUGAGCCAGUGCCUGUAGCCUCGGAUGUCCGUGAGCCAGCGCCUGUAGCCUCGACAGUCCAAGAGCCAGUGCCAGAAGCCCUGACCGUCCAAGAGCCAGCGCCAGUAGCCCUGACCGUCCAAGAGCCAGUGCCAGUAGCCAUGACCGUCCAAGAGCCAGUGCCAGUAGCCAUGACCGUCCAAGAUCCAGCGCCAGUAGCCAUGACCUUCCAAGAGCCAGCGCCAGCAGCCAUGACCGUCCCAGAGCCAGCGCCAGCAGCCAUGACCGUCCCAGAGCCAGCGCCAGCAGCCAUGACCGUUCAAGAGCCAAGGCCUCCCAAGCUUUCCAGAGCUCCACCUUCCGAACCUCCCGAGCUUUCCAGAGCUCCGCCUUCCGAGCUUUCCAGAGCUCCGCCUUCCGAGCUUCCUAGAGCUCCUCCUCCCGAGCCUCCCAGGGCUCCGCCUCUCAAGUCUCUUGAGCCUCCCAGGGCUUCACCUCUCAAGUCUUCCAGGGCUCCUCCUUUCGAGCCUUCCAGGGCUCCGCCUCUCAAGUCUCCCGAGCCUCCCAGGGCUCCUCUCGAGCCUCCCAGGGCUCCGCCUCUCAAGCCUCUCGAGCCUUCUAGGGCUCCGCCCCUCAAGUCUCUCGAGCCUCCCAGGGCUCCACCCCCAAGCCUCUCGAGCCUUCCAGGGCUCCGGCUCUCAAGUCUCCCGAGCCACGCAGGGCUCCUCCUCCCAAGCCACCUAGGGCUCCGCAUCCCAGGGCUCCAUCUCUCAAGUCUCUCGAGUCUGCCAGGGCUCCUCCUCCCGAGAUACCCAGGGCUCCGCCUCUUGAGCCUCCCUCUGCUCUGCCUCCUGAGCCUCCCACGGCUCCGCCCCCUGAGGCCUCUGAGCCUCCAGAGCCUCCCUCAGCUCCGCCUCCAGAGCCUCCCUCAGCUGAGCCUCCCUCGGCUCCGCCUCCUGAGCCUCCCUCAGCUCCACCUCCCGAGCCUCCUAUGGCUCCGCCCCCAGAGCCCUCUGAGCCUCCUACGGCUCCGCCUCCAGAGCCUCCUACGGCUCUGCCUCCCGAACCUCCUACGGCUCUGCCCCCCGAGCCUCCGACGGCUCCGCCCUCAGAGCCCCCUGAGCCUCCUACGGCUCUGCCCCCAGAAACUCCAGAGCCUUCCAGGUCUCAGCCCCUAAAGUCUCCUACGCCGCCACCCACAGAGCCUCCUGAGCCUCCUACGGAUCCGCCUCCUGAGCCUCCUGUGGAUCCGCCUCCAGAGCCUCCUACGGCUCUGCCUCUCGAGCCUCCUACGGCUCUGCCUCUCGAGCCUCCUAUGGCUCAGCCCCUAAAGCCUCCUACGGCGCCGCCUACCGCGGCUCCGCCUCCCGAGCCUCCCUCGGCUCCGCCUCAGAGGUCCUCCUUGGCUCCGCCUCACCAGGCUCCGCCAGCCUCCCCAGUGGCCACUCCUCCUCCCAGGCCCCCUGAACCGGCCCUUGCCCCACGGCCAUCUCCUAGGCCCCCAAAACUGGCCUCUGUCCUUUGGCCACCUCCCAGGCCCCCUGAACCGACCCUUGCCCCGCGGCCAUCUCCUAGGCCCCCAAAACCGGCCUCUGUCCUGUGGCCACCUCCCAGGCCCCCGGAACCGGCCCUUGCCUUGUGGCCAGCCUCUGGGCCACCUAAACCUGUCCCUGCCCGGUCGACACCUCCCAGACCACCUAAACAUGUCCCUGUCCGGUCGAUACCUCCCUGGCCUCCUAAACCUUUCCCUUUGUGCCCCCGGGGACUGCCUAAUUGGCCCCGUGGACCGUCUCAUUUCCCUUGUUGCCCCCGUGGACUGCCUAAUUGCCCCUUGUGCCUUCGUGGACUGCCUGUCUGCCCCUUGUGCCUCCUUGGUCUGUCUCCUUGCCCCUUGUGCCCCCGUGGACUGUCUGUUUUCCUCCCUGUUCUAGCCCCUCACUCCCUGGACAUUUUGUUGUUUUUGUUGUUUUUUUGUGGUUUCUUUUGGACCGUCUGGAAUCCGGUCCUUUUAGGGGGGGUUGUGUCACGAUCUCUUGUUAUCUGCCCCGUGUUUCUUGUUUUCACAUGUCACCUAGCACAUUUCUUGUCACGUUUCCUUGUUGUCUGCCCUGUGUUUCACUAGUCUUUGUCAUAAAACUACACUUCCCAGAGUUCCCUGCACUCAUCACUGCCAGCAGUCACUCAUUGUUCUCACCUGUGUCCCGUUUGAUCAUCACUCUCCCUGUGCAUUUAAACCCUGUUUGUUCCACAAUCUUUGUCGAUCGUUAAAUGUAGUUGGCACGUCUGUCGUGGUAUGUGUUUUGAUCCUGUGCCUCACCCGUGUUAAUGUUUGCUCCUGUUUAUUUCAGUUUCCCAUCGUGGAUGUUUUGAUUUUGUUCCCGUGUCUACCUGUUUUUGUAUUUUAUUUAUAAUUUCAUUAAAA